CUUGUGACGUCAUAAUACAUCAAAUACUUUGACAAAAUGAAAUCAACAAAAAAGAUUAUAUUAUUACCAAAACCCAUAUGUUUGACAUCUAUUGGCGAUGGUAUUUGAAAAUAUGAUGAAUAUAUGUACUGGACGAUUUACAAUCACCAGGGCAAGGUCGGAGAAGAUUUCAUUCUUCGUGUACCUAUUGCACCUGCUUGCAUGCGCCACUUUAUGGGGCAUCUUGUUGGUUUGGGGAAUUCUCAAUCAGCUAGUUGAAUCCGGCGUGAUUGAUCAAGAUGAAUUUUACGGAAUAUUCAAAGAUUUCAAUGUCAUCUUCCACCUAUCAACUAUUCGCAUUGAUGUCGGCGAUGUUUCAGCAAUCUUUCUCGUCGUUUUUGCAACUAUACUGGAGACAAUUUCGGUAUUUGGAAUAUGUGGGGCGAUACGUGUUAACCGAAGACGAAAAAUUCGUGAUGAUUCUCCAGACAUAUUCGUUGAGCCAAAAACUUCAUUGUGUUCUAUCAUUUUUCUGAGAAUUGUCAUUGUGAUUUGUCUUGCUUUGGGUGGAAUGUCAUUGGCUGCUAGCGAUCCACUAAUGAGUCACAUGGUAUCUGCGGUGUCCUCUGUGAUAACCGGAGGCAUAGAAUCAACAAAUAUAAAAGCGAUGGAUAUUUACCAGAGCGUGUUUCAGUGCUGUGGUGCCAAAUCUCCAAAAGACUGGAUUCAAGUCGAUAAGGAAAACGGAAUCGUCUACGAUUGGAUCCCUCAGUCAUGCUGUAUUAACUCUUCGGACUGCUCGAUAUCUCCAAGAAACGUAAUUCUUGAUGUUUCUUCUACUGCUAUCUCAAUGACUACGGCCAAUCCUGGCAUGGGCACCUCAAUUCCGUUUUCCCUUGGAAACGAUGCUACAUUCGAUUUUGUUCAAACCCAGAUUUACGAUAGGGGAUGUGACACUGCUAUUCAAUCUUUCCUAACCUUACACAGUUUGUUGCUAUUUGCAUCAGCAUUCAUACUGAUUUUAUUGCACACAUCCUGGGGUAUUUGGCGCCGAAAUGCUGGACUUCCGUACCUAUGUUGUGAAUUCAAUCGUAGAAAAAAUCGAGUUCUACCUAUUCAUCUCGAAGUUAACGGUAGUCCGACGAGUUCAAAUGAAAGCCUAUUUUUCUUGCAAAAUAAGCUCAUGAACAACAUCAGCAGCAGUGAAAGCUUUCAACUCAUUAAUGUCCCAGAGAGUUCGGAGAGCAACCACAUAGUUAUGAAAAAGCCUGGACCACCGUCAAUAACGCGAGUAGGACAGGAUAUAACAAUUUCUUCCUUAGAAAAUCUUCGUUCAUCUUUCACUAAUAAGGAUGAAACGAAAUACAGGCCACGCACGUCGAGAGGAAGGCCAAAAACAGGCAUCAGUCGAUCUGCAGGAAACUUGCCACGUAAUGUUUCAAAGACGCUUGAGGAAACUAUGUUAAAACAUCGACCGCCAACGCCUGCUAAAUUGCCUCAACAGGUGAUGGUAGUUCAUGGUGAUAUUGAUAUUAAAGAUGCUGACACUUUCGAACCUUCUCAUUUCUCUGGGCCUGCUUCAAGCAAAGACACAUGGGCAACGGCCGUCAAUGUUGAAGUUCCCUACAUCAAGCGACAAAACGACGACGACAAGCUUUCGAUUUACAGCAUUGACAGCCUCGAAGGAUGGUAAACCAUGCCUCAUAUCUUAUAUAGCGGGCGCUACCACGCGAUGCGGUGCUGAAUUUACUUGCUUUUA